AUGGACAGGCCUUCCAAGCGGCCGCGGCUGUCGAUGGCCUGCAACAUCUGUCGCCAGCGCAAGGUCAAAUGCGACGCAGAGUAUCCCAAGUGCCGCAAUUGCCGCCUGCGCAACCAACAGUGUAUCACCACCGAUCCUCAGCGACCAGGAGUGACUGGCAUUCGAGAAUGGCUGGAUAUACCGGACAAACAGACCCCUCAGAACGAAGAUCAGCCUCAGCAUCCGGCAGUGGGCGAUCAGAAUCACCAAGAGGCGACUGACUCCCCACCGAAGUUGUCGCCAAACGAGGUCUCACCUGUGCAUCAUCCGUUCGACGUCUCGUUCAAUGUGGAACAUGGCACCGACAAGGUUAAGAUCAUGGGUGGGAGUAGUUCGCAAUGUUUGGCGAAAUCUCUCGAUGUCUACUUCAAGGCUGCCCGUCUCAAGCCGGUAUCGGGCUGCUUCCGGUACGGGAUGAGACAUGCGGAGGAACUUGACCUGCCCUUAUCUCUGUCUUUGCCGGAGUUACCGGACCGUGACCGACGAGAACGCUAUCUAUCCGCCUAUAUCUCUCGCAUACACCCUCUGUAUCCUAUCUUCAAUACAGCCCGACUCCGUGCGGGCCAGGGCGCAACCGUGGACGGUGAUCGCUACUUGCAAGCAGCGGCGUGUCUACUGGCCCAUGUUAUUAUCAUCCCGUAUCUCCCGACGGUGCAGACAUUGCUCCUUUUCACCAUGGUAUAUCGCGGACGGAACCAGGAAGGUCUGGCCUGGCAAACACUAGGCAUGGCCAUUCGGACUGCUUAUACACUGGGGAUCAACCGGACAUCUACAUCCAAUUCCGAAGGAAAGAAUAUCGAACGACGCGUGUGGGCAGUCUGUUGGUGCCUGGAAAAGAUGAUGCAUCUGGAAUCGGGACGACCAACCGUCAUCGGAUAUCAGCAUCCUAGGCCAGAGGAUGCUCUAGGAGAGAGUAAAUUUCUGCAGUGGCACGUCGAGCUUGGGGAAUACCAAGGCAACAUCAGUGACCAUCUUUACAGCCAUCAAUCAGGGACAAGGGAUGUACGACAGAUACUCUUGGAUACAGCGCGACUUGACCGCGAACUGUUGUCCUGGGCCAAUCGGGUCCCUAGUGACCUGCGUCCGGGGAGCGAUAUCUUCUGCGCGGACGAAGAGUUUCAUGCAGCCGCGUUUCUGUCCAUCCAGUACCACAGCACGCUGAUCUCGCUGCAUCGCGCGGCCCUCAUUGCCCCGACAUUGAGCUUUGAGGAAGAAGUGGCAAGGUAUUGCUCCGAUGAGCCAUCGCAGUUUCGAAUGCGUCAUGGAGAGUCAAUCUGCGUGAGCAGCGCUCGAGCGAUUGCUAAACUUAGUGUCCAGCUGUCGGAACGCAAGGCAGACUCGCAGAUCAUUACGGCUGGACCGUCCCUUUUGGCUUGCAUUGUGCUGGCCAUCUUCCUGAUUAAGCAUCCAGGUUCUCGGUUGCAGGCCAUGGAUUUGCAGCUUCUCAAAGCGUGUUUAGAGUAUAGUAGCCAGCACCUAUCUCGAUACGACCCCGACCCACGAUUUAUAGAAGGUAUCGCGGCUAUCUACGAACAAUGCAACGCCCAUCUCCGGUCCUGGUCGGCUGCAGAAGCCAAAAGGCGGCCACAAAGUCGUGACAGUCUCGCAAAACUUAAUCCGCUUCCCACGCCAGCAGUUGACGACUCGCUGCCACCUUGGAGGCUUACCGGAGUGAUGCAGCCAAGCGAUCUGCACAAACAGAGCAGCGGUGGAUACCAAUCUCAGCGUGUGAUGCAAUCAGCUGUGUCUACACCUGCCAUAGACCAUGAAGGACAUGACCAUCUAGACUCAUUAGGAUUUUCCAGCACAUCAAUGUUAGAUGGGUUCGUCGCGGAGGGAGUCAAUGUGGAUCAAGUAUUUCCUUUUGAGGGAUACAAUGUGGAGGAACUGUGGAAUUGGAUGGGAUGCCUGGAUAGUCCUGGAUCAAUGCCUGAUAUACGGUAG